AACGUCUAUUUUACACAUUUUCUCAAAGAACCCACCUCAAGUUUCUCAUCAAUAUUUCAAGCUUUUCAACAAUGGCAGCCAAAACUGACAAGGCCAUAGGAAUCGACCUUGGCACUACCUACAGUUGUGUUGGUGCUUGGCUAAACGACCGUGUAGAGAUCAUCGCAAACGAUCAAGGCAACCGCACCACCCCUUCCUAUGUCGCCUUCACUGAUACUGAGCGUUUGAUUGGUGAUGCAGCCAAGAAUCAGGUCGCUAUGAACCCAGAAAACACCGUCUUUGAUGCUAAACGAUUAAUUGGUCGUCGUUUCUCUGAUCCUUCGGUGCAAAACGACAUGAAGCUCUGGCCUUUUAAGGUCAUCCCUGGACCGGGAGAUAAACCUAUGAUUGUCGUUCGCUAUAAAGGAGAACAGAAGCAGUUUUCACCGGAGGAGAUAUCUUCUAUGGUGUUGACGAAGAUGAGAGAAACAGCAGAGGCGUUUCUGGGUGUGAGUAUAAAGAAUGCAGUGGUUACUGUUCCUGCUUAUUUCAACGACUCGCAGAGGCAGGCAACGAAGGACGCUGGUGCUAUAGCUGGGCUCAACGUUUUGAGGAUUAUAAAUGAGCCUACAGCUGCUGCAAUAGCAUACGGGCUCGAUAAAAAAGCUACGAGAAAAGGAGAGCAGAAUGUUCUCAUCUUUGAUCUUGGUGGUGGUACUUUCGAUGUUUCGCUGUUGACUAUCGAAGAAGGGAUCUUUGAAGUAAAAGCUACUGCCGGAGAUACCCAUCUCGGCGGUGAAGACUUUGAUAAUAGGUUGGUGAAUCAUUUUGUGUCGGAGUUUAGAAGAAAACACAAGAAAGAUAUCAGUGGUAAUGCGAGGGCUUUGAGAAGAUUAAGGACAGCUUGUGAACGUGCAAAGAGAACGUUAUCUUCAACUACGCAGACGACGAUUGAGAUUGAUUCUUUGUACGAAGGAAUAGAUUUCUAUGCGACAAUAACAAGAGCGAGGUUCGAGGAGUUGAACAUGGACUUGUUCAGGAAGUGCACGGAGACGGUGGAGAAGUGCCUUCUCGACGCCAAGAUUGAUAAGCGACAGGUUCAUGAGGUGGUUCUCGUUGGUGGGUCGACGAGGAUUCCCAAAGUGCAGCAAAUGUUGUCGGAUUUUUUCAACGGGAAAGAGCUUUGCAAGAGUAUCAACCCCGACGAGGCUGUUGCUUAUGGUGCUGCUGUUCAAGCUGCGAUUCUCACCGGUGAAGGAAGCGAGAAGGUGCAGGACUUGCUGCUGCUUGAUGUCACCCCUCUGAGUCUUGGACUUGAAACUGCUGGUGGUGUAAUGACUACGUUAAUUCCAAGAAACACCACCAUUCCGACAAAGAAAGAGCAAAUUUUCUCCACUUAUUCUGAUAAUCAACCAGGUGUUUUGAUCCAAGUCUAUGAAGGAGAGCGUGCUCGAACAAGAGAUAACAAUCUUCUUGGCAAGUUUGAACUCACUGGAAUCCCUCCAGCUCCAAGAGGGGUCCCUCAAAUCAACGUAACCUUUGAUAUCGAUGCAAAUGGGAUUCUGAAUGUGACGGCCGAGGACAAGACGGCAGGAGUGAAGAACAAGAUCACAAUUACCAACGACAAGGGAAGGUUGAGCAAAGAUGAGAUUGAGAAGAUGGUGCAAGAUGCAGAGAAGUACAAGGCAGAGGACGAAGAGGUGAAGAAGAAGGUAGAAGCGAAGAAUGGUUUAGAGAAUUACGCAUAUAACAUGAGAAAUACAGUGAAGGACGAGAAGUUCGCCGGAAAAUUGGGUCCUGCAGAUAAGGAGAAGAUCGAGAAGGCGGUGGAGGAAACUUUAGAGUGGCUGGACAGGAACCAACUGGCAGAAGUUGAUGAACUUGAAGACAGGUUGAAGGAGCUGGAAGGGGUGUGCAAUCCUAUCAUUUCAAAGAUGUAUCAGGGUGGAGCUGGUGCCGGCGAUGACCACAUGGGUGGUGGUGAAAUGCCUGGCGGCGGAUCUAGCUCCGCAGCUGGGCCAAAGAUUGAGGAGGUUGAUUGAAGUUGAAUGUUCGAAAGAGGAACAAGUCUCUGGGCCUGUGUUUCUCUGUUUCGGUUUGUUUCAGUCACUUGUUUUUUCUGGGUAUUGUAAAUACUCUGUUUUGGGCUUUCAAUGUAGCUUUUGCCUUAGACUUGUGGUCCUUGUGAGCUUAGAGCCUAGAGGAGGGUUUUGUUUUGUUGAUCAUAAUUUUAUAAGCUCUUUUACAUGGGGAAUUGCUUUGGUUUUAUUAAAAUUAUUAUUUAAUAAAAAUCCUGUUUAUAUAUGAUUUGAA